AGCCCGGCCGGCGUGCGAGGACCCCGCACGGCCAAAAUGGCGGCGUCCGUGCGACAGGCACGUAGCCUGCUGGGGCUGGCGGCGACCCUGGGCCCGGGUUCCCGUGGCUACCGGGCGCCCCCGCCCCCGCGCCGCAGGCCAGGACCCCGGUGGCCAGACCCCGAGGACCUCCUGACCCCGCGAUGGCAGCUGAGGCCGCGCUACGCAGCUAAGCAGUUCGCGCGUUACGGCGCUGCCUCCGGGGUGGACCCCGGUUCGCUAUGGCCGUCGCCGGAGCAGCUGCAGGAGCUGGAGGCCGAGGAGCGCGAAUGGUACCCAAGCUUGGCGACCAUGCAGGAGUCGCUGCGGGUGAAGCAGCUGGCCGAAGAUCAGAAGCGUCAGGAGAGGGAGCAGCACAUCGCAGAGUGCAUGGCCAAGAUGCCAAAGAUGAUUGAGAAAUGGCGGCAGCAGCAGCGGGAGCGCAGGGAGAAGGCAGAGGCUGACAAGGAGAGGAGGGCCCGACUGCAGGCUGAGGCCCAGGAGCGCCUGGGCUACCAAGUGGACCCAAGGAGCGCCCGCUUCCAGGAGCUGCUCCAGGACCUAGAGAAGAAGGAGCGCAAGCGUCUCAAGGAGGAAAAACAAAGACAGAAGAAGGAGGCGCGAGCUGCUGCAAUGGCUGCAACAGCAGCCCAGGACCCAGCAGCCUCUGAGGCACCCAGCUCCUGAGCCUUUGUCCUUUCCCAAUAAAAGCCUGCUCCCUGGCAGUCCCCCUGAAGAGAUCUGUGUCCUCUCAAGGUGUGCCUCUCUGGGUCCCUGGUUCCUCCCGAAACACCUAGGGCUGGGCUGGGGAAUCCCCCACUUGGCUCUACUCCAAAGGGGGACAGGGACUGUAGGCCCUGCUAACUGAGGCUUCAGGACGAGGAAAAGGGGGGGCGCAAUGGGCAAAUAAUAGAGAAGCAGAUGGCAGAAGA